AUGAAGAAAAUAUCAAGUGCGUAUUGGAUAACACUUACUUUAAUCGGAUUUUUUAUACAACCUUCACUUCAGGACUGCGUUGGGGGAGCUAAAAAUGCACAGGUAGAAAGUGGAGAAUAAUGUGAUACUACUGAUCCGGGAUGCUCAUAAACUUGUUAAAUUGAAUCAGGUUAUCUAUGCACAGUUGUAGGAGAUAAUUAGGAUUGCUCUUAAAGUUGCUUUGAUAAAAUUAGUUAUAAUCGCAAUGAACCAUAAGUAGGAGACAAUUGCUUAGAUGGAGAAGUAUAUUAAGUUUCCGGUUCAUAAACUGCAGAUGGGUGUGACUUACAAUGUAUUGUAAAUGCAGGAUGGGCAUGCCUUAGAACUCAAUCAGGUGCUGGUUAAGGAAAUCUUGAUUUCUCAUGUAGUAGUAACCUUCAAACAUAAGCUAGUACUACAUAGACUUAAACUGAUACAACUAUGACUUAAACUGAUACAACUAAUUCUUAAACUACAGAUCCAGCAACAACCUAAAUAACAACAGCCAGCCCUACUGAUACUGAUACAACAGCGACUUAAACAACUAUAUAUUCGACGACAGAAUCUCCAACUACUUAAGAAACUACUUAAGUAACUACAGCUCCAGAUUCAACAUAGGCCCCAACAGAUUCAACAACUAUUUAAGACACGACAACAUAAAUCACUGCUACAUAGGCCCCAACAGACACAGCUACUUAUUAAACUACUGCUGAAUCAACAACUUAAGAAACGUUUACAGAUACCACUUCAACCCUAGUCCCAACAGACACAACUACUUAUUAAACUACUAUAGAAUCAACAACUUAAGAAACUUAGACUGAUACAACUGCUCCAACAGAUACAACUACUUAUUAAACUACUGCUGAAUCAACAACUUUAGAAACGUUUACAGAUACCACUGCAACCCAAGCCCCAACAGAUACUACAACUAGUUAAACAACUGUAGAAUCAACAACUUAAGAAACUGCGACUGAUACUACAGCAACCCAAGCCCCAACAGAUACUACAACUAGUUAAACAACUGUAGAAUCAACAACUUAAGAAACUGCGACUGAUACUACUGCAACUCAGGCUCCAACACAUACAACAGAUAUUUAAACUACUGCAGAAUCAACAACUUAAGAAACUGCGACUUAUACAACUGCAACUCAGGCUCCAACAGAUACAACAGAUAGUUAAACAACUGUAGACACUACCACUCAAUAAACUACAGUAGCAUAUACUCAAGGAACUACUUUAGCACCCACAGAUACAAAUACAGAUGUUAGUACUACUGAGUUCAUAACUUAAUAAACUACAAUUGAAACUACUUUUACAUAAGCACCCUCUGAUACUACCACUGAUUAAACAACUACUGUUACUACAGUCUAAACAUUAACUGAGACCACAGUCACUACCGCUACAAUAGCACCCACAGAUACUACAACUGAAUAAACAACUACUGUUACUACAGUCUAAACAUUAACUGAGACCACAAUCACUACUGCUACAAUAGCACCCACAGAUACUACAACUGAAUAAACAACAACUGCUACUACGAUCUAAACAACAUCAGACACAACUAUUAUAACUGUUACAUCAGCACCCACAGAUACUACAACUUAAUAAGUCUCAACUGACACUACAUUAUAAACAAUAACAGGUAUUACUACUACAAUAGUUCCAACAGAUUCUACAACUAUUAUUAGUUCAACCGAUUCAACAACCACUGUUUCUACAACUCAAACUACUGCUACGACUUCUCCAACAGAAACUACAAUCUCUUAAGCAACAACUGAUACAACAGUCUAGACUUCAACAACUAUUGCUCCUUAAUCAACCACUGAAUCAACAACUACCUAUGUAAUAACAACUAUCUAAACUUUAGCUAGUACCACUUUAUCUGAUGUAACAAGCAUGCCGACAGAUUAAUCUUCUACUACUGAAUAAUCAACUACAGUUAGUCCAACGACUUAAACAACUACAAUAAGCCCACCAUCAACUACAGAUGCUUAGACAACCACAGAAACUACAGCUGUGACACUAUAGAGCUCAACUACUACAAGCAGUCCUUCGACAACAGAUACUACUACUGCUGCUCCUUCAACUACUAUUGUAAUAACAUAAGACAGUAGUACUCAGGCUACAUCAGCAGACUCUACUACUGUACCUCCUACAACCCUUGCAUAAACAUCUUCACCAACUACAUCUGGAUUGACAUUAAUAGAUUCCUCAACAUAAACAACUGUAGCUCCAACAACCAUAGUGGAAACAUCAGUCACUACAAUCUCAAUCACCUCUGAUUCAACAACCUAAACCUAAACAUAAACUACAACUUCAUCACCAUCCACUACUGAAUCUAGCACUUCUCCAACCUCAGUUGCUGGCACUACUAUACCUACAACUACAGCUCCUUAAACAACAACUGAAACAAUAACAGCGACUUAAACAACAACUGGAACAUUAACAUCAACUUAAGCAACAACUGAGACAACUACAGCUCCUUAAACAACAACUGGAGCAAUAACAUCAACUUAAACAUCAACAAUAGUAACAACUCAAACAACGCAAGCGACAACAGUUGUAACAACCAGUGCCCCUACAUCUAGUCCAACUACUACUGCAGUAACAACCGUUACUACUGUCACUUUUAUCACUACAGCUGAGCCAACUACCACUGUGACCACAACUACUACUCAGCCACCUUAAUUGACUAAUUGUUACUAAGUAGCAGCUUUAUUCGAUAGUACUGAUGCUUUGAGAUCUGGUUUCUCAUAAAUUACCUCAUAGUAAAUGUAAUGCUCUUAGAUGAGUACCUGUUAAAAUGGUAGACCAGGCACUUGCAAGUGGUAUAGAAAACUUGCUGUUGGUUGUUUUGUUGACAACACCUAAGUAAUGAUUAGAAUCUAGACAAAUUCUCUACCAAACCAUUGCUUCUAGACAAAGACAAUAUUCCCCUCUGAAAAUUUGAUCGAUUUUUAAGUAGCAUUCAAUAUAUCUGCUCCAAACUUAGACGUUCUAAAAUUUGACAGUCAAUACACAACAGAUGAGGUCCUAUGUACCGGAUUUUGGAAUAAAGAAGGUCAAAUUUCAUCAUUCUAUAAAUUCAGAAAAUACUCUGGCGAUAUAGAUGGAAUCAUUGGAAUUUCCAUUAAUGGUAUCCCUAUAUACUUUGGAACUUCAGAAUUCAGAACAGAUGCAUUCUUCCCUAAUGCAUAUCAAAGAUUGACAGUACCAAGCCCAAUUGAAUUUGAUGCAUGCCUUGGUGAUUCAGACUAUCUCAACUAUUAUCAUUACUACUCAUUCUCACCAUGUAUCCUUCCAUCUGGCCAGGCAAAGAUCAAAACUGCAUAACUUUGUGCUGAUAGAAUGGACUGUGUUAAGGAUAUACUUGGCUAUUCAGUUUCCUUUAUACCUGAGAAAACGGUUUUCCCAAUCGGUGUGGCUCUAGAUGGUCAUCUCAUAAUAGGUCCUUAUAAGCAUGAUGGAAAACUUUGGCAACCUUGUGACUUAGAUGGUUGCAAUGGAGUAUUGAUAAACGAGAACUACUUCUAUGUCUCUUCGCUAUUCCAUCCUUACACUGUAGGCUGUUGGGGACCAGCUUCUGAGAGAUAAUACAGAUAAUCCUGCACAACAAAUGCUAGAAUCUGUAUAGGUGCAUCUGAUGCCUAGAUAAUUUCUCAUACCUUAGUAAAUUACUUGAUGGUAAUAUCAGGUUUGAUAAUGUUAGCAAUCAACUAUUGA